AGGUUCAUCCAAUUAAAUAAGCGAAGCGAACUGAGCCAUUGUGUUUCGAGUUUCGAUUUGUGUCCAUAUGAUAUGCGUAUGAGUUGCUUGACACCAGAAAAGAACUCACAUAUUAUUUCAUGUUAGCAGAAUAUGCAAAUCUCACUGGGCGUUGAUAUUUUCUUAUUUACUUCUCAAUAAAUGAUCUUGUCUGCAUAAGUGUAUGAAAUCAGUACCAACAUAACGCCACAAAAAGAAUAUUGCAAAUCGAAUAUACGUAACCCACGGAAAUUCAAAAAUACGCAGUACAUUUUGAACAGACUUUGUAUGUACGGCUUUCGUAGUGAGCCGUUAAAUUUGUUUCACACACAAAUUUGCCGAAACGAAAUUAACUUCAAAAUGCGAGAGUGAUCAAAUCCAUAUGUUAAAUGAAUGACAUCAUUUGUGCUCGCGUUAAUAUCACGCUUUCAGAGACUGUACUUCGGCUAUUCUCUCCUUUUCGGAAAACUCUCACAACCAAUUUAAAUCGCGAAGCGCCGCUGAGCGUGAAGGCUGCGCAGGCCAAAAUCCAAGCGUAUGCGUGUUUCGGGCGUAGCCGAGCAAAGACGAAGAAGAGGAAACUUUUGUUUUGAUUUUGCGCCAUUAUCUUGAAUCGGGCACAGUUUGAGAUCACCGAAUUUUGCUGUAUGAACCACUAACUGUAGACAACUGGGUUUUGUUCAUUGGCGAUCAGAUACGAAUAGAUAAAUACCCGAAUUUGAUAAGAUAUGUGACAAAAACGAGAUUCAAAAACACGGAGAGACCAUUCCAUCAUCUAAUUGGCGGAGCGCGAGCGCAAACAAAUUGCGACUCCCUCGAACGCGUCAACCGCUUCGAGCUAAGUCGCGCACGCAUCUCACGCUCAGUCGCAAUCGAAGUUUUGCCAGCACUAAACGUCAUAAUGCCGCUAUGCGAAUGCUUUCUGGCCGCGGGGAUCACCGCCGCCCUGGCGCUGGUCAUCGGUUUGUGGCUUUUCCUGGAUAAAAGGCGCCGCUUCUGGGAAGAUCGAAACUUUCCCUGCACCGGUCGGGCACUGAUGCUGUUCGGUGAUUACAAGCAAGCCUCCCGAACGGAACAUAUGCAGGAAACGAACCGGCGGUUGUAUCAGGAAUUCAAGGCACGCGGGGUACCGAUCGGGGGGACCAUUUUCUAUGUAGUGCGGACGGUGAUAGUGAUCGAUCCGGAGCUGAUUAAGGCGAUUAUGGUGAAAGAUUUUGCGAAUUUCCACAGUCGCGGGCUGUACCACAAUCCGGAGGUAGAUCCACUGUCAGGAAGUUUGUUCUUCCUGGAAGGCCAAGCGUGGCGCCAGCUGAGAGCGAAGCUGACGCCGACGUUCACCUCCGGGAAGAUGAAGAUGAUGUUCGAGACUAUUCUUGGCGUGGCGGAUGAGUUGGGCGAUUACUUCCGGGAGAAAACGUCCGACAGAUCGGUUGAGAUGGAGAUGAAGGACGUGAUGUCCGCCUUUACGGUGGAUGUUAUCGGUACGUGUGCGUUUGGGAUCGAUUGCAAUAGUUUGCGGGACGGGAACAACGAAAUUCGCGAAGUGUCGAGGAAAAUAUUCAAACAAUCGCCGCUGCAUAUGAUGUGGGUGAUAUUUUUGAACAUGUUCAGAGGCUUGGCCAAGACACUAAAGUUGAAGGAGACGCCCGCCGAUUUGGAGAAAUUUUAUAUGGAUCUUGUGCGGAAUACGGUGGAGUAUCGGGAGAAGAAUAAAGUUCAGCGGAAUGAUUUCAUGAACUUGUUGAUUCAGCUGAAGAAUAGUGAAAAUCCGGAGGAGAGAGUCACGAUGAAUGAGAUAACCGCUCAAGCGUUUCUGUUCUUCGUGGCGGGAUUCGAGUCGUCGUCGACCACAAUGGUGCAUUGUCUGUUCGAGCUGGCGAUGAACCAGGAUAUUCAGGAAAAGUUACGAGCCGAAAUCAAGCGGGUUUGCGGUGAUGGAAAGCUGACCUACGAAACGGCGUCUUCGGUUGAGUACCUUAAUAUGGUAAUCGAUGAAACUCUCCGGAAGUAUCCAGUGGCCGAUCUGAUCAUGAGGACGGCUGCAAAUGAUUACAAGAUCGAAGGCAGCGAUCUGACAAUCCCCGAGAAAACUCUGGUGCUUAUUCCAACGUACGCUAUCCACCACGACGAGGAGUAUUACCCGGAACCGGAACGGUUCGAUCCGGAGCGUUUUAACGCUACAAAUCGUGCCAAUCGGCAUCCGUACGUGUAUCUGCCGUUCGGCGAAGGGCCACGCAACUGUAUUGGAAUGCGUUUCGGACAGAUGCAAACCCGGGUUGGUUUGAUUACGGUACUGCGAAAGUUCCGAGUAGUACCGGGCCCGAAUACACCCGCCCGCUUGGAAGUGGACCCGAAGUCGGGACUUGCAGUUCCCAAAGGUGGUGUGCUGCUGCAGGUGGAACGGAAUUAGAUAAAGUGAAAAAGGGAGCUUAAAUGAUAAGCUAAUUCACUUUGUUGCGCCAUGAUUUUGUGUAAACAUUUUGUAAAAUAUUAAGAUGUAUAUUUUUAUCAAUUUAGUUUACAUAUAUGUAUAUCAAUAAAUGGAAAACCUGUUAUCUAAA